CGGAAAAGCCUUGCCCGAAGGCUGGCGACGGCGCGAGGCUCGGGCCUCCCCCUGCGGGACUGGGGCUGGCGCGCCCCUGACUCUGGCCGCGGGGUCUUCAUGAUGACAGCAGCCCCUGUCGGGAACAGCACGCACCCGAACAGAAAACCAAGGCCCAGAAUGGGGAGAUGCGCGUGGGGACGCCCAGCGAGGUGGUGGCGGUCAGAACUAAGAAGUAUUCAGAAGCCAAGUCAUGGAUCCACCUGCACGUAAAGAAAAGUCCAAAGUUAAAGAACCUGUCAGCAGAGUUGAGAAGGCCAAGCAGAAAUCAGCCCAGCAGGAGCUGAAGCAAAGACAGAGAGCAGAGAUUUAUGCCCUUAACAGAGUCAUGACCGAACUGGAGCAGCAGCAGUUUGAUGAGUUCUGUAAACAGAUGCAGCCUCCUGGAGAGUGAGCCACCCGUGUUCAAACCAGAGGGGACCCCUGAGGCUUUGUCUGUGAGCUCGGUACCAGUUUUAAGCUGAGGUGGCCCGUGUGGAGCCUGACAGAACUAGACAAGAAGGCAUUUGUGUUAUUCCUAAAACUGGAUAAAUCUGAACUUCCUAUAUGUAACUUCUGCUUCACUGGUUCCUCCAAUUUGAAUUGGCCCAAUGCUUGCUGAAGAAACUUGUUUUAUUCUCCUAAGAUAAUACUCUUAUUUUUUAAACCUUUUUCUAUUGUUUGAGAAAAAUCAGUGUUUCUUGUGAAACUGUAACUCUCCAAAAAUACUAAUAAAAUGUGCAUUUGCUCAUACUUUA